GCGCCGGCCCCGCAGCGCGCUGCGUUCCGGGCCCCAGUCGGCCGGGCCCGAGCAAGCCCCGCGGGGCCCUGAGGGCCUUUGCCGGAGCCGACUGCUCGGCCUCCCUCUCGUCCUUCUUCUUCCUCUUGCCGUUAAGUCCAACCGGUCGCUAUCCGGAUCAGUAACCCGCUUCUCCAGUGCGCCCGACGGAACCCUUGUGCCGCCGGAACCAAGAUGCUGUGCUGCGCUGGAGGCCGGGGGACCGUGUCGGCAGCGGACCGCCGAGCCUCUGAGAAGGGUUGGUCGGGACAGUUCCGGCGGGAGAGCGCGGCGCUGAGGGCUUGGUCUCCGUCUCCUGACAUGCACCGGCAGAACCUUCGACCCCCGACUCCUCCCUACCCCGGCGCGGGUGUAGGAGGUUGGGGUAGCGGGAGCGGCUUCCGGGGUGCCCCGGGCGGAGGCGGACCGCGGCCGCCCUCCCCUCGGGACGGGUACGGGAGUCCGCACCACACGCCGCCGUACGGGCCCCGGUCUAGGCCCUACGGGAGCGGCCACUCUCCGCGACACGGCGGCAGCUUCCCGGGGGGCCGAUUCGGGUCUCCGUCCCCUGGCGGCUACCCUGGCUCCUACUCCAAGUCCCCCGCGGGGUCCCAGCAGCAAUUCGGCUACUCCCCAGGGCAGCAGCAGACCCACCCCCAGGUACCUGUCAUUACUUCUCAUGAAUAUAAUGAAGUUUGUGAGAACAGCGGAAGCAAAUUUCCUACACCCAGGAAAGGAAAUACGGUAACGUCUGUUGCUGAAUUCGAUCAAAAGGAAGACCUUCAAAGUAACACUCUUGAAAUAUAGAAGUUCUUCAACUUAAGUAGUGCCACUGAUUUCAAGGUAUUUAGAAAUUUUAACUGUUUUACUCUCUGAUUAUCUGUAUCUUGAAAACCGUAUUUUUGUAUUGAUUAGUACGUCCUUGUUAGGGUAAUUUGUAGAAGAAGGACCAUAACAGAGCUAACUCUAGCUGAUAAACAUUUAAAAACUGAUUUGGUGAUAUGUAGAUGAAAAAUUCAUUACAUAUACUUGAGUAUACUAAAUCUCAAAAAUAAAUGUACAUUAUACAUAAAAUCCUCAGCUGCUCUUCAUAUGUAAAGAGGAAAUGUCCAUGCAUCACUAAAAAUAAGUGUUUUGUACAUAAUACAAAUACAUACACCAAAGUGUAUAAACAAGUGAUGACUAACGUUGCCAGCCAUUCUUUAGCUGCGCUGUAGAAUGCUAUCUCAAACACACAUUUACGUAAAACACCUUCUCAUGUUUUUAAAGCUAUGUCACUGAAAUGGACUUUUUUGGUUUCUCCCCGCAGACCAACCACUCUUCCCCAUCUGUGAUCAUAUUCUCUCUCCCUAGAUUCUAACUGGUGGAGAAUCUUUUUCAUUUCUCAAGAUUCAGAUCAGAAGUAAUCUAUUCAUUGCAGUCCUCUGUAUCCCCAUGGCCCCUCAGAAUGGUCGCUCUGCAGUCUACCUGCCUUUUUUUUUUCUUUUUGUCUAUCUGCUUCUUUUGAUGCUAUUUCAUAUUUCAUUUUGCUUUGAUCCUAGUUUACAUGUCUGUCUCACUUACUAAAUUACAGUUUAGGCAUUAUGUCUCACUUUUGUAUACCUCUCCAAGUAAGAAUAUAAAUAUAAAUAAUCCCAGGCAGACUGAUGUGUUAUUACAGAUGUAUGAAGUACACUGAAAAUUUUUUAAAUGAAGGACACUUUCAACUGCAGAAAUACAAGUUAUGUAAAGAGGGGCAGAAUUUUGGCUAUAGCUCCAAGGAUGAGUAAACAAUGAAGAGAUGGAGGAAAGAAUGUAAGAGAAAUGUUACUGGCAAAGAAAAGUGCAUAGACAGAGGAAGUAGUCAAGUACAGACAUGCGGGAGGAAGACCAAGGAAACAGGUGGAAUUGAGGGCUGAGAGCACAGAUAGGAGCCACACAAUGUUUUAAAGGGCAAUUUGCCCUAAUGAAGACAGACUUUGAAAACAAACUUUAAAACUGAAUCUUGUCUGUGCUAUUAGUCAAACUGCAUUGCUUAAGAAUCUGUUUCCUCUUUUGUAAAAGAGAUAGCUGAGUAGUUAGCUGGUAGCAGCAUACAGGAUGGAACAGACUUACUGAGGCCAAGAAAGUUACUAGAAACCGGGAAAGCAGACAGGACAGCAAUUGAUGGUAACUGAGUAUUAGCAAAAUCUGUGCCUGAUGGCCAGCCAGCUAUCUCAAAAUUACUUACCGAGGUCUUCAGAUGCCUCACCUGCUAAAUCCCCAAAUACCUGAGGUCUAUCUGGGGAAUCUAUUCUGAUCUAUGUACUCUGGUAUCAGUACCAUAUGUUAGCUUUUUGUUUUUUACAAAGUCAGGAGGACAAAGCCUUCUACCUACCCAUUCCUCUAAUUAUUCUCCUCAGGAUGUUCCCAUGGGUGAAUUGUAGAAUCAAUACUGUCACACUCCAAAAGUUAGAGAAUUUGCUCAGAUUCAACUGCUGCUCUGAAUUUAUAGAUUAAUUUAGAAAGGAUUGCUAUCUUCAGAAGGCUUAAUACUUCUAUCCCAGAAAUAUCCAAUUUUUGUAUUUCUUUCCAUUUUAUGUUUUAAUUAGAUCUUAUAUAUUGCUUUUCAUCAGCUUUAUUUUUUGCUUUUUGAAUGUAUUCUUAUCCUCAUUCUAUUGCGCCUAAGCAGGAAGUAGGUAAGUUUUGUUACAGGGAACAUGUGACAUAGGAUAUAAACAGAGUUGAAGAUAGCCACCUGAAGUCCUCUGAUUCCUAACAUUAAUAGUCAUUUCUUUGAGGCCUUCCAGGUUUACAAUCUUAUCACCUAUAAUCAGAAUUCUCCGUAUUUUUUCAAACAUGUAUACCUCUUUAUCAUGAUAUGGUAUGGCAUGUGACAAUUUCUAAACAAUGUCACAAGGAUAAUGAUGCCACACAAUAUUGGGUAGUUUUGUUUGGUUUCUGACUUUAAUGGGAGUACUCUCAUUGUUUUACAGCUGGGAAGGGGGACGACGUUUGGUUUGAGAAAAACAACACAAUGCACACUAUACUAAUCACACAGACACACACACUCACACAUAUGUCCUGUUAAGAAUUAAUUUAAUUCCUUUUUACUAUGGGUUUUAUUUUUGUGGCUUUUUCAUCAUCUGCAGUUUUGGAUUUACUUGUUCAUUUAGAUGUUUUGUAUCAAUAUUCAUACAUCAGAUUGGUACACAGGAGCAGUUCACAAAAAUGGGGUCCACAGACUCUUAAAAGGGUCUGGUGGGCGAGAGGUGUUACUAAGACAUUUGCUUUUUUCAACGUGUUGAUUUUGCAUUGGUGGUACAAAGCCUGUAGUAAGUAGAAUGAUGAGCACCUUAGCAUGAUUCAAGGCAGCAGCACCCAACUAUCAGCAGUAAACACUUUAUUACUAUACAAUCUCCUGGGGUGCAGCUGGGGAAGAGACAUUGAGCCAUUUCACUUACGACUGUAACUUGUUGAGGCAGUAAAAACUGUGUUAUUAAAACCCAACAUUAUUUAUUUAGAAGAUUUUAAUUUAUUUGAGACAGAGAAGAACACAUGGGCGGGGGAUCGGCAGAAGGAGACCCAGGCUACCUGCUGAGCAGGGAGCCAGAUGUGGAACUCCACCCCAGAACUCCGGGAUCCCAGGACCCUGGGAUCAUGAACUGAGCCAAAGGGAGAUGCUUAACUGACUAGCCACCCAGGCACCCUAAACCCUAACACUGCUUAGAAGAAUAUAUAUCUUCUUUAUGUUGUCAGUGAUGAAACAAAAAAUAUUCAUAAAGCACUUUUGCUGCUCAAGAAAUUCAGCUAUCUUGAGAAGCACCUGUGCAAUUAUUUGAGCUGCAAGCUUAAGUAGCUGUGUUUUGUUUUGUUUUUUCAUGGACCAUCAUUUUUACCUAUGUGGAGAAGUGACACACUAUGGUCAUUCAGACUUGGUAUCAGCCAGACAUUUUCUCGUAUGGGAACAAAGUCAGCUUUUUACUUCCAGGAAGUUGACUGCAGUAUUUAUUUUCAGUUAUAAAAUCUGAGCUUUCAGGAGAAAAUUAGAAUACUAAAGUUUAUAUUUACAUCAUGGCUUUGACAGCUUCACAGUAAAUACCUAAAACCUUUUCUGGUGAGAUCAGUGGUGAUAACCAAUAUAUAUAAUGAAAUGUUACAUUUAGAAGAUCUUCUAUUUUUUUUUAAGAUUUUAUUUACUCAUUCAUAAGAGAGAGAGAGAGAGAGAGAGAGAGAGAGAGAGAGGCAGAGACACAGGCAGAGGGAGAAGCAGGCUCCAUGCAGGGAGCCCAACAUGGGACUCGAUCCCAGGACCCCAGGAUCACACCGUGGGCUGAAGGUGGUGCUAAGCUGCUGAGCCACCAGGGCUGCCCUAGAAGAUUUUCUAAAAUAGGUGAUCCACUAUUUCCCAUACUACCAAUGUUACAAAAUCAUCUCAACCCAGCAUGCAAGACAGACUAAUGGAUCUUAAUAUAUUAGAAUACAAAAUAUUCCUUCAUAUGUUUUCACACUGCACAUUACAACUAAUCUAUAAAAAAUUACCACUUAUUUAGUGUAGUUUCAAAAAAGAAUAUGCACAAUUAUCUGAAAGUUAUUGAAAACAGAUCACAGAGAGGAGCUUCCAGAUGCUAUUUUAUUAGGCCAGACAUUAAAAGAUAAGUAAAAAUGUAAAACAAAGCUACUCAUUUCACCAACAUUUAUUUCAGUUUGGAAAAUACAGACUUUUUAUAAUUAAACAAUGUUAAUACAUUGUUUUAAAAUAGAUAUUUUUACUUUCUCAGUUUUAAUUUAUAGUAUGAUAAAUAUCAAUACAUACAACUAGCAUAAACAAACCUCCUAGGACCUUUCAUAAUUUUUGAGGGUGUAGAGAAGUUCUUAGAGCCAAAGGAAGCAAUCUAUAGAAUUUUUUAUGCUACUGAUCUAUGAAGAUAUACAUGCUUCAUUUUUUUAAAUAUGGGAGCUUCCCUUCUUUCCUAUAGUCUAGAACAAAGUCUAAGCUUUUAAAGUUAAAAAUUUCAUCUGUGUGACCAUCUAGGCCCGAGACUGUGUGUGUGUGUGCGCGCGCACGCAUGCACGCUAGGUGGGCAUAGAGGUUGGAUAGAAGCAGAGUUCUUUUCACUCUGAUCUACCAAAUUUUUCCCAUGAUUCUAAAUGUCUUUUUUAGUUUAUAAGCAAUGUACACUAUGUGAUAUAAAGGUUCUUUAUAGCUGCUAGAAGACUCAGGGUUGAAAGUGUGACUCUUGUGUUAGAAACAUUUUUUUUACCUCAUUCAAUCCUAUUUUGUCAUCACUUUCUUUUGCCAUCACUCGUAAACCCAUGCUAUUUCUAUCACAAAACUUUGUAAUUUGCCUAAAAUCGUUUCUAGAUCAAGGCUAAGUACUAAUAACUUGACCACUGUUGUAUGAAGCUUUUUAAUACAGAUUCUGAGUAGUAUUCCCAUCAUUCACUAAUUCAUACGUUCUUAUACAAUGCAGACUAGAACUCUUCAUUCCCGGGGCUUUAGAUUGGGGAUAUAGUUCAGCAUUACCGCAAACAAAGGGGAAGAAGUAUGCAGGAAACCUACAGUUAUUUAACUCUUACAUCCUUAAGCAUAGGAGUAGUCCUGUUUCACUUGUGAAGAAACAAACUUAGAGCAUUGUGGAACUUACCCUAAGUCACAAGAGCAGGAAGUAGCUGAGCUGGCAUUAGAACCCAGGUCUGUUAAGAUUCCAAAGCCCACCCUUUCAAUUAAUACACUCUGCUGCCUCCUUCAUAUCAGGGAGAGAACAGUUUCUUUUGUCAGAAACUUCUUUUUUCCUUCAUGUUUUAAAAAUACUUAAUGCCACAGAAUCAAAUUGUAGCAAUAUUUUUUACAGUAUCAUAAAUAUUUGAUAUAGUACCAACAAAAUAAAAACAUUCUGAAAUAUAUAAACUGGAAUGUAAAAUAGCCCCCUUCACAAUCCUCUCACAAAUCCAUGCUCACAUAACAAUUCUAGACUCUCUUGAUGUUUUACCUAAAUGGGAUCAAACUGAACACAGACUUCUGUAAAAUGGUUCAUCAUGAAACGCUGUUGCUUUUCAAGAUCUCCAGCUCUAUCAUUUCCUUUAUAAUACCGUACAGUACGUCACCAAGUGGAUGGAUUGAGCUUUUUUUUCCCCUGACAUGGUCCACGGACUUGACGUGUUCAUAAAAUAAUCCAAGUAUACUCAAUGCCUUAGGAUCUUUAUUACUUUGCUGUCCCCUCACUUCAUUCAGAUCCCUGUUCAAAUGAGACCUUAUGGGAGAAACUUCCCCUGACUCUCUGUACAGCACUGUCUCCUAUCAUUUUCUAUUCCCUUACCCUUACCACCACCAUAUAUAUUUUAUUAAUUAGUUUUGCCUUGUCUCUCCAAAUUACAAACUAGAAAAAGUUGUGCACUAGUUCCUGCCUUAUAUCACCAGUGCCUGGUAACUGGCACACAACCUGAAACCACUAGAUACUUGUUCAAUUAAUAAUCCCCACCCACCACAACUUGAAAUGACUUCUGUAUUAUAUUUGGAGGUCCAUAUGAACUUGCUUUAUUUCUGGACUUCCCAUAAAAUUCCAAUAAUUUAUCUAUGUGUCUUGUGCUAGUGCAAAAUGGGUUUUAGGAGCUAUAAUUUUAACAUACAAUAUGCCAUAUUUUCCUACUUUUUAAGAAUUUUUGUUAUUUUAAAGUUUAUCUAUAAGUAGAAUGUCUUCUGAAAUUCUCAUUAGGACUAUAAUGAUUAGUACAGGGGGUCGAAGUGGCAUCUUCAAAAAUGUUAAGGCUUCCAAACAAAAAUGAGAUAUGCCAUUCCCAAUAGUUAUUUUGAAUCUGCUUUACAAUUUUAAGUGAGACAUUAUAGUAUUCAAUAUCCCUGGAGUAUAUAUGGUGGUGCUUUUGUUAAAGGCAUCUUUUCCCUCACGUAUGUUUCUAACUGGUUAUUAUUGGUACAUAUUUUUAAGAAGCUACUGUUUUUAGCAUUUAUGUAUUGAUGAUAUAUUAGGAUAUUGUGUGCAUAUAUGUAUACACACAAAUGUACACACACACAUUUUCUCAAUACUUGUCAUUUUACCAGACUUUCUUACUCGAGGUGUUUUAGGUAAUUCCUUUGCAGUCUGCCUGUAUACACGUAUGCAAUGCUAUCAUACACUAAUCAUGACAAUACUGCGUUCAUUCUGCCACUAUUUACACCUCCUUACUGGAUCACUUGUUAGUUAACUGGUUAGUACUUCUAAAACACUCUUAAAAUAAUGAUACUAGAAGACAAUUUUUAUCCUUCUUGUCUUACAUUUUCUAGUAUUUCACCGCUAAAUAGUAUUCUGGCUAUUGGUCUAGAAUACAUAUUCUCAUCAUGUUAAAGAAAUAUAUACUUCUACACUUAGUUUGUAUUUCUAGCAAAUGCUAUUCAACACCUACCAAGAUAAACAUACUACUCUGCUUCUAUUAAAAUGAUGAAUUAUAAUAACAGAUGUCCUAAAACUGAAACAUUCUUGUAUUCUUUGGGUGAUUCCUACUUGACUCAGCAAGUUUAUUUUUAAUGAAAACCUAGAUAUGACUGGCUAAUCUUUUCUUUAGAAUUUUUUGAUUAAUAUUCGGUAGAGAAUUUUUAACUUUGUCAAUUAUUGACAUGUGUGCCACACUAUCUAAAAAGCUCCAGGAAGUUUUAUUUCUUACAUGGUAUAGAGAAUUAAAAAUUUAGCUACUAUGGUAAACUGUCUAAACUUAAAACCCGUUUUUGUCACUUGCUAGUUAUAGGAUCCUAGACAAAUUCUUCACUUUCUAAGAUUCCAUUUUGUUAACCUUAAAAAGAAGACAAAAGGUUGUAUGAAGCUUAACUGAGGCUACUCCAGGUGAAAGUCUUGGAACCAUGCUUGCAUCAAGUAGUAAGUAAAUAAAAGUUAACUUAUCAUUAACAGAAGCCCUAAUAUCCAAAGAAAUCAGAACCAAUGCCUUGUUAAUUGAAAAAUAGGGUGAAGGGGAGUCAUUUAAAAAAACAAAAAUAAAGAAACACAGAUAUAUAAUUUAAACAUUUUAUUAUAACUGAAAAAUUAAAAAUGUACAUUUAUUCUCCAAUUUUCUGACAUAGGACAAGGCCUUCUCUUUGAACAGAGGAUUCAUUGAAUGGAAUUCUGCAUUUGCCUUCUCAAACAAACCACAUUAUCAGGGAUUUAAAGCAAUUUGAGUACUAAAUUCUUCUAAAUUUUUAUGACUUACCUUUCUAACUUAAAAUAACUUGUCCCCUGCCCCAGUUAAUUUGAUAGCAACUUUGUUAAAUCUCUGCAAAGCACCACAUCUGGCUAUAUUUAAGGACACACAUACAAUAAUACAAAAUUGGAAACAACUACCUCUUAGUCAUCAUACUUCAACUGGUAGGAUAAAUACAUAGUCUUACUGUAGAGAGUAGUAGUCUACUAGCUGCAAACAUUCAGCUUGCCAUGUUAUCAAGCUAGUGUUACUUACAGAGGGAUUGGAGAGCAUCAAUUAAUCCAAUAAGUCUGCUGAAGGGAAGGUUCACAGUGUAUUGGUAUCUGUGCCUCAUACCAGUAUCUUUCCUAAAAGUUCUCAUCCAUAUUUUGAGACACACAAAACUUAGAAGUUGCAAAUUAACAUUAUUAUAUAUGAAAGCCAAAGUUCUUUUUAAAAAAAAAUAAACGAAUUAUUUUAAAAUGUUAAAGAUGAUUAUCAUGUAUGUCCUUAUGACCUCAGCCCUACUAUAGGCUCCAAAUAAUGAAGACUGAUGCCUCUGGGUACAUGUAUAUGUUUUGGUCUAUAUGUCACAUAUAGACAUGUAUAAACAUGUAUGCAUAUAUGUAUAUAAAACAGUAUCUCUUUAAAGUAUCCCAAAACAUUAAUUCUUCCAAUCCUGGCAUACUAAAAAAAGGUUACCUACCAUCUAUUCUCUCCUUCUUCAUAUUUAUUUACUCUUUCUUCCUGGUCUUAUUUUUUGGGCCUCCUGCUCUUUCUUUAGUUGCAAAAAAGAUUUAGGGACUUUAAGAGCCUUAAUAUUACUAGAAUAAGUUAUCAAAAUACCCACAUUCUAGUUUUUCCUCCAUUCAGCAAUCAUUAGCCUUCAAGAAAACCAUGCUGUUCCUCCUAAAAACACAAACUCAAAAGACUUAAAAUCUUCUGUGAAGUAUUACACACCCCCAACAAAUAUUACAAUCAUGA